UCUCCGCAGUUGUAUGCCCCUAAGAUUCACGGGCCAUUAACAUAAACCGCAGCAGGCAGGCAGAGUCAGUUACUUUUGACAUGUAAUGUUUUCCCAAGAAAUCGUUCGAAUCUUUAGGAUAGAUGACUUUUUCGCAAACAGUGUUAGCUCUCGAAAAUGUUUCCUAUAGCCCCAGCAUACCCACAUUGAGUUUACAAAGUUUGUAGUUCUUACGCGAUCAGCAGGGGUAGAGCCAGGAUAGAAUACAAGGGAAUCACAUAGAUCGGCUUCCAUCAUUCCGACGAUUUAAGUUGACUGUUAGAAAAUCUCUGCACAAGGUAUGUAGUAAAGAUAUUUCAAAAUGACUACUAUAAUCGCGGAGUAUUUACUUUCUUUAUACAAAGUAACACAUUUCGUAAUAGUUGCUGAUGACUGCAGUCUCUAACAAAUAUCAGACCCAUUGUAGGCUUGUACUUUGCUCUUUGACGUUGCGCCACAAUGUAUCCACCGUAAGAAAAUAUAUGGCUUUUUAUCUUAUCAACUCACAAAAGCCAAUGAAUUGAUAACUGCAAAACAAAUAAAUAGAGCCUUUAUCGGGUGACAAAUAUGUAUUGGUAAACUGGAGCUACCAGCCGUGGCGAAGCUGUUUGUCUGGCAGCAAAGUACACAAAUGUAUACCAUAUACAGUUAGGUAAAUAGAAUAAAGCGGCGGUAGAUAACGGUCCGUAAUUUUUCAGGAAGCAGCGUACAUAAAAUUUUCCUUUUAGUCUUUUAGUCGUUAGGGGUAUACAAAUAUGGUUAUAAUCUUUCGGGUGAAGUCCGAGAGCCAGGGAUUCUUUUACAGUCAGCGGUUCUGGUGAUUUGUCUGUGGUCCUUAUAGGUGAAAACAGCUCCUGAUCUACCAAAAGGUAGCGAAGCUACUAAUACUGUUAUACCGAACUCUUUUUCUAAAAAACAUUUCAGUAAAAUAUGUAAAAUGUCUCUUCCUAAUAAUCAGUGAUCAUGCUGACAGAAGAGUGUAUUGUAGAGAUCCAGAGGAGCGGACGGAACUUGAAACGACUUCGAAAAAGAGUUUGAAUCAGCCAGUCCACGUUUAGUCAACAGUCAACAAUAGACAGGCUUUUUACGUAUGAAGAUUUUCCAAGGACUAAUCGAUAGAGAGUGGUGAAUAAACCUUUGGAUUUAGCUAUGAAUUCCCACAGAUUUGGGACAAAUUUUAUUGGGCAAAACAGAGUCUGAUGUCGACCGAAUGGACGAAAACCCUCCAGCUCUGAAAGUAUUCGACGCAGUACCCGACGGAGGAGGCAGAAGUAGAGGAAGACCACCACUCCGUUGGAAAGACCCGUUGGAGAAGGACCUGGCUUUGCUUGGAAUCUCCAAUUGGCGCCAAACAGCAAAAAGGAAAAACGACUGGCUCGCUGUUGUAAACUUGGCUAUGACCGCGAAAGCCAAUAAAGAAGAAGAAGAGCCUGCAAUUUCAAUAUUUCGGUCCAGUUCACCAUAGGAGAACUUUCACCUAGGAUAGAGUACCUCAAGAAUACGCCUAUUUGCAGUAAGUGUUACAGAAAACAAGUUUUUCAAGAAUUCUUAUGACUAAUCGAACUAAAAAGUGAAUUACAAAAAUAUAUGUGGACUGAUAAAUACUGCUCAAAGCGUUUCGCAAAAACAAAAACUAGAAACAUAACUACUUUUGCAGUCGCCGAUGUUGUAGCGCUGUGCUCUUUGAGUUUAUGACGCCCAUUACAUUCACACACACAUACCGUUAUGCCUGAUUACACACGAACCAAUGUCAGAAAGCGUCUGUUAUCGGCGUUUCGCGAUAAGAUAAGAUAAAUAUUUAUAUGCCUUUAUAUUGGCGGUCACAAUGGGUUACCUUGAAGUCGCAGCGGUUGACAAUUGCUUUAAGGCAGCGCCAAUUCAGUUCGAUACGGGUCGCGCACAAAGGCAGUCGAAAAUCCGCAAUAAACGUGUAACGGGAAGGAAAAUGCACAAACUGCAAUUGCUUUGUGUGAUCACGGUGGCGAUCGCAGCCAUCUGCCUACAGUGCAAAGGUCAGGCAGCGGCGUCAAAUAGUCAAUUAGACGCGCUGAAGAGUCAAUUUCUGCCUGCUGAGUACAAAAAUCGCAAUUUCACAGUGGAUGAGCUGAAGAAAGUGCUGCGCGAAAAGUGUAAGAAGGCGGCGGGCGGUGAAGAGAACUCAACACUGUAUCAAGAAAUUGAGAAGGGCAGCACUGUGCUGACCAGCUGUCUGGCCGGUUUGGCCAAUAUGACAGCGUUGCAGCAGGAAAUUGAGGCGGCACGUCCCAUCGGCGAGCUAGACACAGUCUUCAAUAAAUACUGUGAUAAGGCGCCCAGCGCUGUCAAGUGUCUGCGCGACUUCAAUGCCAAAGUACAACCUUGUCUGAGCGCCAAGGAGAAGCAGCAGAAUAUAGUGCUCAUGCGCAUCGCGACCGGCCUGGUGGAUUUCAUGUGUUCGCGUGGCGGCGAUCAUAUAGCACUUUUCGUUGCCGAAGAGGGUCCCGAGUGCUUGGAGGCGAAUCGUGAUGCCAUCAAUAUGUGUUUAAACAGCUCCUUCCAUGAAUUCCUGCCAAAGGACAUUAAGGUGCCAGAUCUCUUCGAUUUGCCCGAUUUGGUGUUGGAGCCGGGUCAUUGUGUCGAUCUGGAACGUUUUCAAAGCUGCACCAUACACCAUUUGGAGCAGUGUCGCGAAAUUACACCCGCCAAUGUUGCCGAGGCGGUGUUUAAGUUCAUUAAGAACGAAACGAGUUGCAAUCAAUUUAUGCAAGCGAAGGCCAAUGAGCGUCCGAUAUUGAUGAAGGCCAGUGCUGGUGGCGCCGGUGCGACAGUGCAAGCAACGAGCUUCUUCAUUUUGUUACUGGGUAGUAGUUUGAUGUUGUUCAUGAGUCAUAUACUGAAGUUUUGAAGCGGUCGAUAGUAAUUUAUAAUGAUUAUUAUUUCAUAAGUAAAACGAUCAAAUAUUUUUUCAAACAACAGCGAUUGUUAUCGAUAAGAGUUGACUAACGUUUACGUUCGAUAUUUUUUGGUACAUUUUUGAUAAUAUAUCGAUAUAUUUAUUAAACUGAAA